GGGUGGCCAAUAAGCCGGCGGCUGACGAAAUUCAAUAAUCGCCCCCCACCCAUAAUUCCGACAACCAGAGAAAAAGAAAAUACCAAAAAAUCAAAAAAAUCACAAAUCCCCAAAAACAAUUUGAAUAAGAAAACCCUAAUUCGCUUUCCCCCUCUCUCGUCUCCACCCUCCCAAUUCAUCGCUGAAUACACACGCGACGCGUUUCGCCUGAUUGUCACAACCGGAAAUCAAGAAAAUGGCGGAGACGCCGGAUAGGACGCCGAACUCUGCAUCGCCGACGCGUUCGAGUUCGGUGACAGAGACGGUGAACGGGUCGCACCGGUUCGUGAUACAGGGCUACUCUCUGGCGAAAGGCAUGGGCGUCGGGAAACACAUAGCGAGCGAAGAAUUCACGGUGGGAGGGUACAAAUGGGCGAUUUAUUUCUACCCCGACGGGAAGAACCCCGAGGAUAAUUCGACCUACGUGUCGGUGUUCAUUGCGCUGGCGAGCGAGGGUACGGAUGUGCGGGCGCUGUUCGAGCUCACGCUCAUGGAUCAGAGCGGGAAAGGGAAGCAUAAGGUGCAUAGCCAUUUCGAUAGGUCGCUCGAGAGCGGGCCCUAUACGCUUAAAUACCGCGGUAGCAUGUGGGGAUACAAGCGCUUUUUCAGGAGAGCUAUGCUUGAAACAUCAGAUUACCUUCGAGAUGAUUGCUUGAAGAUCAACUGUACUGUUGGAGUAGUUGUUUCGGCUAUUGAUUGUUCUAGGUUACACUCUAUUCAGGUUCCAGACUCUGAUAUUGGGUCAGACAUUGGCAUGCUUUUAGAGAACAUGGAAGGUUCUGAUAUCACAUUUAAUGUAUCUGGGGAGAAAUUCCAUGCCCACAAGUUGGUAUUAGCUGCUCGUUCCCCCAAAUUUCGGUCUGAACUCCUUGAAGGAGUGGAUACUGAAGUGGAAGAGGUUAUGGUACCGGACAUGGAACCUAAAGUUUUUAAGGCGCUGCUGCACUUUAUCUACAGAGAUGCCUUGGCUGAAAAUGAGCUGAUGGCAUCUAGUUCUUGUUCUACUCCUUUGGUAGCUGACACCUUAACCGCAAAAUUGCUGGCUGCAGCUGAUCAUUAUGACUUAGAAAGACUCAAAAGGAUAUGUGAAUCUCAUAUGUGCAAAGAUAUAUCUGUAAAUUCAGUUACACAAGUACUUUCUUUGGCAGAUCGUUAUCAUGCUGCAGAAUUGAAAGAUGUCUGCCUUAAAUUUGCUGCUGAGAACCUAGCAGCCUCAACAUGUUUUGAAGUUCUAUUACAUGGUGCCAAUAGACCUUAGAUGGUAAUGUGCUUUUCCCAGCUGGAUUUUUUUAUUACAUAUGUUUGUUCUUCUUACAAUAGCAUCCUAACUUGGAGGAAACAUGAUUCUCCUUAGGUGUUGGUCUCAAGAGAUCUGUGUAAAAUUGGCCAAUGGCCGAGCUAGUUGUUGGUUUUUGUUCGGGGCGUAAAGUAAAACAUUAGAUGAUGUAACAGUAACACUAAUGUAUUUAUCUAUUUCUCAAGAAACAAGAUAAUGUAAAGUAAAAUAUAAUAUGAUAAUAUCGAUUAAUUCUGCUUUAUAUUUUUUGUCCUUACCUACUUAAUAUUUUUUACUCUACAUUGCGGAUGAUAUACUAUCUUCUUUGUCCAUGCUCUUUCAGUUUGCAUCUUAUUUUACGCAACUAGUAACACUUGGGGAAGCGAUGUGUGAUCUUGUUGUUCUGAGGCCACUCGACCAGCUAGAAUUUGUAGCCUGUUAGGAUUGCACAAACUAGCAUGUAUUCUGUAUUUUAGUUUUGUAUAUUGAUUCACUGCGAUAUACAUCUUCCAUGACUCGUUUUGCAGCUGUCAUGCGUUCGGAUGGUUUUGAAUAUCUUAAAGAAAAUUGCCCAUCUCUACAGUCUGAGCUUUUGAAGACGGUGGCUGGCUGUGAUGAAGACUGCAGCAACGGUGGUGGCAAGUCCGGGAGUGUGUGGGCUCAGCUCUCGGAUGGCGGUGACAACAGCGGCCGGAGGGUUAGGCAACGAACUUGAUUUUGGAAGUAGUUGACUGAUAGCUAACGAGCAAACAAUAUUUCGUGUAACAAUUGUAAUUAGCAAGAAAUGUGUGUUGUAUUUUAUUCAGAAAAUUAUGGUGACAGCAGUUGCUACCUUUUUACUGUAUGUCUCGUGUAGUUUGUCUGUAAAAGAAUGUUGUAGCUCAUUGUGCUUUGAUAAAAAAUUCAAAACAACAUUUUGAAGUAA